AUGAUGUGUGAAGAACAAGUCAUGUCAAUGGAUAUUUCAACACCGCACAAAGGUUGCAUCAGUCUCAAUUCCUCGGGAUCCUCAAUUUCAAUGGAUGCCAAACCAAAGAACAGUUGGGCCCAGGAGGUUCGUGCUGAAUCGGGUCAAAGUGACGAGGCCUCGUCGUCAUUUAAUAGCAGUGCCGGGAGCUCUGCUGUCCAAAUCAAGCGAGAAAUUGCAUUUGAAUUCCUCGAUGGCAGCAACGAGGAGAAGUUUGAGCGUCUGGUCAAGGAGGAGAAACUGAAGACGCCUUUCAAGCGGCGACACUCGCAAACUCCGUCCACGCAGAGCAAUGAGAACAGUCGCUCCAACAGUCCGAACAGCAGCGAAUCCUCAUCCAACGGAGAUGGUAAUAAUGUAAAUGCGCGGCCAAAGUAUUCGCAUCGUGGCCACAAGGAGGAGAAGCGUGUGCGCCACAACAGCUACACCUCGUCCACAUCAUCCUCUUCCUCAUACACUGAAGCAGAUCCAGCAAUUCUAUCGCGCCGCCAAAAGCAAAUCGACUACGGCAAGAACACAGCUGCUUACGAAAGAUACACGGAAAUGGUGCCAAUGACGGAUCGCACACGUGAGCAUCCGCGCACACCCAACAAAUUUGGCAAGUACAGCCGUCGAGCCUUUGACGGUCUGGUCAAAAUCUGGCGUAAGCAGCUGCAUUUUUAUGAUCCUCCAUCUGCGGCAGCAUCGAAAGCAUGUGAAGAUGAUUCGGACUCGGAUUAAAGUGUUAUACUUUGGGCAUGGGACAUUUUUGUGGGGGCCUAAAUUGAAAUAUGGUACAAAGACGGGCAAUUAAUUUUCUAUUAUAUUACAUUACUAGUUAAAACUUAUCACUGCUCGCAGCCAAGUUAUGUUUGUUAUAUUAACAUAAUAUCUAUUACAUAUGUAAUGCUCAAUAAAAUGGCGUCGUUUUUAUUUUGGGAAUUUUUACCUGGAAAUUCCACGCAAACUGAUAUACAAA